CCAUCUUUGAUAAAUCACUAUCCUAGCGCGCCCCCGACGUUCUUAUUAUUGACAGCACUGCGCGACAGAUCGGUCGAGUUGACGGCGUUUGACGUAACAUCGUCACCAGAACAAUGGCGGAUGCCGUGGAGGAAGCUUUUCCGGGCAGUUGGGACCAGGAUCUAGCUGAGGCUCUGGACUCCGGCGGCUCUGAUAUGGAGACGGAAAGAGGCAUCAUCCAGGUUCAGGAGCAGUCAGCUCAACACAGGGCCAAGAUGUGGAAGAUUGCUUUAAAUGUCUCUGGAAAAGGAGACAGCCUCUCACCGUGGGACGGUGUCCUCGAUUUACCAGAACAGACCCUCAUUCACAACCGCAGUCAGCAGCUGAUUGACCAGCUGGGAGUGUCAGAGGAGGAGAGGAGUAAUUUGGCGUCCGAUGUCGAGUCAGUCAUCACUUUCUACUGCAAGUCCCGCAACAUCUCUUUCACCCCGGAGCUAAGCUGGCCUCACCUGCUCAAACCGCUGCUGGGGCUUCAGCUUCCCCGCAGCGACCUCUACAACUGCUUCUACGCUUUCAUGAACAAAUACAUCCCCAGGGACUGCGUGCCAAACGGCCGACCCUUCCACCUGUACAGACUGCUGCUGCAGUACCACGAGCCAGAGCUUUGCUCUUUCUUGGACACCAAAAAGAUCACACCCGACUCCUACGCCAUCAACUGGAUGGGCAGUCUGUUUUCCAGCAGCUGCCUUCCUGAAGUUACCCAGGCCCUGUGGGAUUUCUACCUCCAGCAGGCUGACCCCUUCCUCAUCUUCUUCCUCAUGCUCAUCAUCCUCGUCAAUGCCAAAGAGACCAUCCUUGCACAGGAAGGAAACAGCAAAGAGGACAUCAUAAAAAUGCUGGAAACGUCUCCUUCUCUCCUGGAAUCUGAGGAUAUUGAAGAUUUGUUUUCUCUGGCCCAGUAUUACCAGAGCAAGACCCCUUUGUCGCUGAGAAAGAUGAACCAGAAUCUGUUUGGUAGCAGCCUGGUGGCACUGAAAGAGGAGGACACUGACCUGAGUCAGGCGCUGUGUCUCCCCGUGUCGGUCCCUGAGAUCCUGCAGGCCAACCAGCUGCAGCAGGAUGGGGUCCGUUUCUUCGUGGUGGAUUGUCGGCCUGCAGAGCAGUACAACUCUGGGCACCUGUCCACUGCUUUCCACCUGGACUCCGACCUGAUGCUCCAGAACCCGUCUGAGUUUGCUCUCUCUGUGAAGUCCCUCUUGGAGGCUCAGAAGCAGUCCCUGGAGUCCGGCUCCAUCGCCAGCGGAGAGCAUCUGUGCUUCAUGGGCAGUGGGAGGGAGGAGGAGGACAUGUACAUGAACAUGGUGCUGGCACAUUUUUUGCAGAAAAACAAAGAAUAUGUCAGCAUUGCUAAAGGAGGUUUCAUGGCCCUCCAGAAGCAUCUGGUAGACAUGAACGUGGAGGGUCUCGACUCUUCGUACGUCCACUGGAUCGUCAGCACGUCAGGAUCUCACAGCAGCCUCAGCUCUGCCGAUGGCGAGUCACUAAGUAGCCCUGGAGACAGCAAAGGUGUCAAGUCUUUGGUCAACAAAAUGACGUUUGCUCUCAAGUCCAAGUCAGUAAAUGUGAAGGAGAAGAUGAUCAGCUUCAUCGAGAAUACCUCCACCCCUGUGGAAAGAAUAUCUUUCAAUCUGCCAUGGCCAGAGAAGGUGACUCCAGAUCGGCACGUGAGCAGCAGCGACCGUGUUGGCAAACCUUAUCGUGGGGUGAAGCCUGUGUUCAGUAUUGGUGAUGAAGAGGAGUACGAUACAGAUGAGAUUGACAGCUCAUCCAUGUCAGACGACGACAGGAAGGAGAUUGUCAACGUUCAGACCUGGAUAAACAAACCAGAUGUAAAGCAUCACAUUCCAUGUAAUGAGGUGAAAGAAACCGGUCACAUGUUCCCCAGCCACUUAUUGAUCACAGCGACUCACAUGUACUGUCUACGGGAGAUCGCUUCAAGGAGAGGCUUCGCCUACAUUCAGUCCAGACAAGCACUGAACUCUGUGGUGAAGAUCACAUCCAAAAAGAAGCACCCAGAACUGAUAACAUUCAAGUUUGGCAGCAAUAACUCAGCUGGAGUCGAGAUAUCAGCAGUUGAGAGAUAUUUGAUACCAAAUGCAGGCGACGCCACCAAGGUCAUUAAGCAGCAGAUCAUGAAAGUCCUAGAUGCUCUGGAGAGCUCGUAAAGGAAGAUGACGGGGUCGUGAUGGCCUGCCGUGACAAAAACUGUAAGAAGAUGCUCUGUUUGCCAAGAGUGAAACCUUCUCCUGCUCUCCCUCCUGGACAGAUCCAGUGCAGUGUUGACUGUGAAGCCCGUGUUGUCUAUGUUUGGGACAUGGGGACACACUGCUGACUGCAGCCCUGUGGGACAGGCUGUGUGUGAUGAAAUACUUAGGUGCUCCGUAGUCAUCCAGUCAUCCUCUUCUACUAAUUUAAACAAUAUUAGUUAUGUAUGUUUUUCUUUAUUACUAAUUGCAAUUCCACUAUGGCAACUUCCCUCUGGCCUUAACGUAGCGUACUGACUGAUCUGUUCAAUCAUUACAUGACUACAUGACCUUUUCCUUUGACUCAGCUCUAACACAUUUGUUUUGUAUUGCAGCUCAGUCUCUUAAUUUGUUCUUCUUCUGUAGAUUUAAUAAUCGCGGUUCUGCUCUAACAAGACCCACCCCCCCCCCCAAAAUAAAUGAGCAGUGCUGGCGCAUGAGGCAGGUUUCCUACCGCACCAUCUGUUUUUGAUAACUCUUAUUUUCCAGCAGGCAGCCUUAAAUAGACAUUAUUUGAGGACAUUUAUAAAUAUGUGAUGUAAAUAUUGUGUUAAUUGCUCUGUAUCAGUUCAGACCUUUGACCUUGUCAUUUUGAAAGCAUAUCCUGAUAGUACCAGUCCCCUUUCUUAGAAUAAGGAGUAGGCCUUUUACAGUUUCUGGGAGAUACUUUAUUCUCUGCUUUUUCAUAUAAUAAUGAAUAAACCUCAUUUCAUAGCAAAGUGAUGUAGCUCUCUGUAAGCCCCUCUGGAAUACAUGAGUAUUACAACAGUUAUUGUUGUUAUUAAGCGCCUGAGCACCUCAGUAUUUUUCCAUCCCAUUCAAAUUCAGUAUGUUAAUUAUUUUCUGAGGUAAUUUAAUAAAAAUGUCCAAGUGAAAUGGUUAUGUUAACAUCUGGAUGGCUGUUACCUUCCUGAAGCAACACCGUGCUAACUUCUACUUAUUCAGAAAGUAAAGGACUGUGCUUUGCACUUUAAAGCACAGCUUUGAAAGGCAUGAAAAGAAAAUGUGUAAAAAGUAAAGUCAUUAUAUGUCUGUGUUUUCAAAUCAGUCUGUCUACUCCAUUGUAUUAGUGGAAGCUAAGCAGUUUGGGUUUGUUUGCCGCUGUUGCCUUGGGCCUCAUGCCUGUGAUGUGUGAUAUAGGCACCAGCACUGGCAACAUAUCACAGUAUAUUGCUACUUCUUCUCUGACAUUUACUUUGUUUUGGACAUUUCCUUGCUGCGUUCUUUCUUACUUAUUCAUUUGCUUUGAAGUCCAGUUGUAUAGGCAGCCUGGGUUUAAGUGUCAAAGCCUUUAAAGUGAUGCAGCACCUUCCUGACAGCUCCGGUUAAAACUUGUGUCCAGAGAAGGUUGUAUUUUGUUUUUACACUAAAAUGAAAUGAGGGGAGAGUUGGGUGUAAAAUAUAUAUGGCACAUUUAAAAUAUGGGCAACAGAAACCAAAACUUGAAGACUAACGAAUCUGGUCUUUUUUUCAUUCCAGUCUUUCAUAGCCUUCCUGUGUAAUCCAUGCUUUGUGUUGUAAUUUUGUGAUAUUCUUCAGUACUGACUGAAACAUCCUUGACUGGGAGUCUUUAUAUUACUGUAACAUCACUGGCAAAGGAUAUCACCACUAGUCGAAAUGCAACAUGUCUCAAGUGUAAUUUGCACCUUAAUGUACUGCUAUUAUUUUCUAAACAUUUCUGUUUUUAAUAAAUGGAGAUUAUUCGACUGCA